AGCUUGAGUUAUUCGCUUCACUCCUCUUAUACCUAUUCUCGGCUGAUCUAUAGUGAGACUAUAACUCAAACUUCACCAGUCAUGUCUCGUAGGAGUUCUCGCCUGUUGUCUGGCGGCUACUACAACUCAGACGAGGAGUCGGACUCAAGCAGCGUGACAAACAUAUCCUACCGGGAAAACCCUGUCAAGGUUUUCAAGAAGAAGGCAGGCACCCGCAAGGCCAGCCCUCGUACCUCCAGCAGAGCCAAUAGCAAUGCCAGUUCACCCAGCCGCGAGUCGCCCACCACUGCAGACCAGUGUGAUGGCCCGAGUCCUUCUCCCUCGAGCAUCCAGCCCCCGGUGGUCAUGAGGACGGAGCCCUACGUCUUCCCUGCAGCGACCCCUCGGCCUGCCCUGACCCCGUCAUCAUCCCGGAGUCAGACCCCCGUAUUCUGCCCCUCUGUGCAUCCAGAGAAGAGCGUGUACGCAGGACAUUACAGCUCCACCAGGCCAGGAUUACACCUGAGGCCCCACCACAAGGAGCUGGGUCAGAGCGCAGUGGACAGCUCGGGCUACUCGUCCUCAGAGGGUAUUUACAAGAGGCCCCUCGUGGCCCCCAGCAGCUCCGUUAGAACGAGUGGGGCUCCCCCUCCUGGAUACAGGACCCGGAUCAUUAGUGCCUUCUCUAGUCUGAUGGACUCGGCCUCAUUGACGGCCGUCGCAGCUCAGUCCAAAGUCAAGGAUCUGACCGCUGGAGCAAACACUUUGUUCACCCCUCGCGUGAGGAAGGCUUGUGUUCUGUUUCUCCUCCUCCUCCUCCUCCUCCUCCUCCUGCUUCUGUGUCUUUGGUUCCUCUUCCCCUUGUUGACCUCGUUCAUCUCCCGCAUGAGUGUCACAAAGACCCUGUCACCGACUAAACCAGAGAGUCGACCUGUUAUCACUGCCACUGCUCCUUCUCUUCCUGCUCCUGCUCCUGCUGCUCCUCAACCCAGCACCAUGCCUCAUGCACCUGUGGUGGAUCCAGCUGCUGUUUCUGCUGCUGUAGAAGCCAAGAUGCAGAAUCUUUUGGCAGAGCUGCUGCUGAAGCAGGAGCAGCUUUUCUCCCAGAUGAAGGAGCGGUUGAACCGGGACAUGCAGGGUAUCAAAGCCGGUCUCGACGCUGAGGACUCGGACACUCGGCUGCGUCUGAAGCAGGAAGUCGCCGGCCUGGGCAGGAAGAUGGUGGAGUAUCAGACGGACAGUCGGUCUGCUGCUGCCGGCCUCAGCCUCAGGAUCCAAGCUGUGGAAGCUGAGAACUCCAAGCUCUCCCAGGAGUUGUCCUCCAUCCAGCUCGCGCCUCCUCCAGCCCCUUCAAUCACCGCUGCCCCCGUCCAGGACCAUCUGACCCCAGAGCUGCAGCAGGCCAUGGAGAGGUGGCUCACCGACCGCAUCAAGGAGCAGGACGUCCUCAGACUUGGGAACAAAGGAGGCGACGCUGACCCUGGACGUCCCAUGGCCGACAAAAUGGCCGACUUCGCCCUGGAAACUCAAGGUGCCAGCGUGAUCAGCACCAGGUGUUCGGAGACCUAUCGAAUCCGCUCAGCGUGUGUGACCCUGUUCGGUUUCCCCCUGUGGUAUCCGUCCGAAAGCCCACGCACUGUUAUUCAGGGUAACCCGGUGCUGCUCCCGGGGAGGUGUUGGGCGUUUCACGGCGUCCAGGGGAUUCUAGUCAUCUCUCUGUCUCACCCUGUGAGGAUCACCCAUGUGACACUGGACCACCUCCCGCGCUGUAACUCCCCCACCGGCCGCAUCGACUCCGCCCCCAAAGACUUUGAAGUCUACGGAGCGACAGACGACACCGAGGAAGGAACCCUGUUGGGGACUUUCACCUACGAUGAGGAAGGAGAGUCAACACAGACGUUUCAGCUGCUGAAGCCCAGUGAGGAGGUCUACAGGUUUGUGGAGCUUCGUGUGCUCAGUAACUGGGGACACGUUGAGUACACGUGUCUGUACCGGUUCCGCGUCCACGGGAAGAUGGCGUCCUCCACGUGAGACCCGCUGGCUGCAGCACCGUGUCUCAUUAAAACAAAUCAGGAAGGACUUUGGAAAUGUCGUUUUUAGAACAGAAAGUCAAAUCCAUGCUUAUGCUACUGAAACGUGUCUGAUGCUGAUGAAUGGAGCUUCUGCGUGUCGACAGGUUUGUUGUGGUUUGAAACUCCUUAAUGUGGAAGUGACAAAUAGUUUUUAUGCAAAAGUUGAAGCGCACACAAAUGUACAUAAUGACGUGUUGAUUAUAUUUCUAAAAAAACAAAUAUCUACCUAGUAAAACCCUUCGGGAGCUUUAUGCUGUCAGACUCAUGAACGUACCCACAAAAUGAUGUUUUUAACUCUUAUGUGUUAUUAAUUAUUAUUUGCUAUUGAUCAGAUAUUUCGUGCUUCACAAUCGCACAGGAGAAAAACACGUUUCUUUACAAAGUGCAGUGGAGCAGCUGGAUGUUACACAGUCCUCAGUGGUACGUUAACAAAAGAGUUAUUCAGUCACUGACUUUUACUCGUUGUGAACUAAUGUUUGCACCUCAGAGCUUCUCCCACCUUUAUGAGGAAGUGACUUGAAUAACAAAAUAAUAACAAUUGUUUUCUGUUUUGAUUAAUGAAUGGAUCUUCAGUCUAUUAAAUGUCCAAAAAUUGUGGAAAUGCAAUUUAAAUUUCCCCACAUCCCAUCAUUGACAUCUUCAGAUUUAUUUAUUAUGUUGGACCAACAGUCAGAAAUGCAAAAGUUAUUUAGUUUACUGUUGUGUACGUAAAGAAAAGUAUUCAAUCUCAAGUUUUGAGUUGAUUAAUGUGCUUUUGUUUAUCAACUAUAUAAUUAAUCAGUGCAGGUCAAAGGUCAAUAGUUCCAAGUCAUGGGUGUAAAUCCCAUGUUGUCUGAUUCUUUUUGACCUCACGUUCUUCUGAGUGUCGCUGAUGUUGUGACUAAACGUCCUGUAAACACGAGGCAGCGCCGAAUGUUACUUGUAAGUUAAAUUUAAUGUAAUAUUCCUACGAAAGGUCAAAUAAGCAGCUUAAAACUUUUACCUUCUCCGUUUUCCGUGUGAGUUUCAGCUCAGUGAUUUACUGCUGGUACUUGAAUACUUGAAAACCUAAUUUUCUAAACGUCUUCGAGCGGAGUCACGUUGACUCUGUGACGUCAGCGUUUCUUCUUCCUUGUACGUGAAACUUUUAGUUUCGAGUGAGCGACGCAGCCAGGAGAGAAAAGUGUUAUUUAUUUGUAAAAUUAAAUAUAUUGUUUCUGAAUUCAUGUGUUCGGAUCAAGAAUUCAGUUUGAUUAUUAUUUGAGUGUAUAAUCGUUAAAGUUUACACGUUGAAAAUCUCCUUCGCUCAAUGACUACAAUGACAAAACUGCACUUAGCAGCGCGUACUUCAGGAUCACAACCAUUUCAUGUUCAUGUAUGUUUUGUUUGGUGUAUUUGAUAGUUGUUGUUAUUCCAGGUCAAAUCCAGGAUCUCUCUGUCUCUCUGAUUUCCAUAAUUCAAAUUUAGAUGAGUCGAUGUAGAAAAACAGAAACAGUAGAGAGAGAGAGUGAUGAUUUGGAUCAAGACAAAGCAGAGCUACACCCCAGUAUCAGGAGUUAUGUGUUAGUUAUGGUAUUUUAUAAACACUUAAUUGGCAGUUUAUUAGGUACACUUAUUUUAAUGCAGUUUAAUAACACUGUACUCUCUGUUCCACACCUCAGAAUCUGUCUCAACACAGACAUCACGACCCUCAGUAGAGUUACGAGGUGUUCCUAAUAAACUGAGAAUACUUUGGCGAGGAUGAAACUUUACUGGACAAAACAUUGAUAUAAUAUGUGCUGGUAACAUGAAUUCAUAAUUAUCAUACAUUGCAUUUCGUGUCUAAACUGGUGUUUGUAUUUCCAAACAGUUUCUAGAUGUUUUGAUUAUGUGUAACCAUGAAUUAUGAUUCAGAGACACUUUUAUUUGACACUGAAUUGAGUUAAUUGGCUGUUGAGAUGAAAAUCAUAUUGAAUGUGUUUUGUUCAACACAUCAUUUCAUGUAUUUUCAUGUGUUUUCAGCUGUUGAACAGCCUCUUCAGUCAUGAUGCUGUGUCUGGUCCCCGAACACAGAAUGAGAACUGUGGGACCUUUGUGUUUAAAGCCAUAUGGACAACACAGAGAACAAAGUGUUUAUCAGAAUCAAUUACCGUCAUCUUUUUUUAUAUUUACACAUCUGAUGUUCAUAGAAAUCCAAAAAGUCACUGGAAUGAUUCAUUUACUUUUCUAACAAUAGUUUUCUCUCUUUAAAUUUAACUUUAUCGUUUUUCAGCUACUGCCUGACUUGUUCUCUAUUUGACUACAAAUCUUAUUUGAUACGACAAACUGGGAUGUUUGUAUGAUUUAUUAACUAAAAACAUUGAAACAUA